UCUUCUUCUGCGUUUUUAGAACCUCGUUUUCUGUUGAUUUCAUGUAACAGGGUUAUUUCUAACGUAUCUCUGAAAGAUGGCGUCUCCAAAGUUAUGUGAUGUUUAGGCAGCGUACUUGCACGCACAGUGUGUGUGUGUGUGUGUGUGUGUGUGUGUGUGUGUGUGCUGUUGGAGGACGAGAAUAGGCCUGAGCAGAUGUUUUCGUUAUUCCAUUUCUUAUGAUUAUACAUAAUUCACAGUGGAAAUGACACAGGCCUGUGAAUGCAAAAGCCUUUUUGCAGUGAUUAUUUAAAAUAUUUCCGCAGUCUGUGAUCGUCAUAACAAAAACCGAUAUUUUUCAUCUUAAAAAUUCAAACUGAAAUGGGUUGGAUGCCGAAUCUAUAUGUAUAUAUAUAUAUUCUUUCUCUCAAAUUCAGAGGUGGAUGUAAAGGGUUAAGUUUUUUCCUCCUGCCAUAUCAAUCUGCUGGCUGUUUUGGUGGAAGCGCUGGUGGUUUGGCCCCAGGGCAGAGGGGGCGUUUUGUCCCGGGCACAGAUGUUGGGUGUCACGGCUCUUAGUCCGUCAUGGGUCCUCUCAGUUACCCAACAUCAAUGUUUCAUGCAAUGAAUUCAAGCGGUUUUGCCAACCACGCCCCGACUGACUUUGAUGACGGGUUUCUACGUAGAAAACAGCGCAGAAACAGAACGACGUUUACUUUGCAACAGUUGGAGGCUUUGGAGGCUGUCUUCGCCCAGACUCACUACCCGGACGUGUUCACCCGGGAGGAGCUGGCCAUGAAGAUCAACCUGACCGAGGCCAGGGUGCAGGUUUGGUUUCAGAAUCGCAGAGCAAAGUGGAGGAAGACAGAGCGAGGGAGCACAGACCCUGAAGGAGGGAAGGAGCAGAUGAGUGAGGGCACUCCUCCAUCUCGCAGCAUGAACUCUCAGUCUCCAGUGGACCAGAGCAGAAAGCAAAAAGAACCACUGGAGAUGCAGCAGAGUAUCAACAGGACAGUGGGUCCUGCUGGUCCGUUCUUCCCAUCUUGUUUACCAGGCACACUCCUCAACUCCGCCACAUACGCCCAGGCCCUCUCACAAGUCGCCACACUGAAAGGUAACGGUUUGUGCUCCUGCUGUGUUUCUGAUCCCAUGGGCUUGUCCUUCCUGCCGCCCUACAGUUGUCAGGGUAACCGCACAGCCAGCGUGGCUGCCCUUCGCAUGAAGGCCCGUGAGCACUCGGAAGCUGUGCUGCAGUCUGCCAACCUGCUUGGUGCGGCAGCUGGGCCCGGUGCUGGCGUGGGAGUCUUGUCUGGAGUUGGAGUGAGCGCAGUCGGGGUGGCGCGGCCCACACUGGGUCCUGCCAUCGAGGUUCCUGGCACUGUGGGGAGAGGGGGAGACAGCUCCAGUCCCAGCCCGGCCACCAAGGUCCCAGUCCUGGGCAGCAGUUCUGACAAGCACCCUCACUGCUCCAAGGAGUCGCUGGAGAAAAAAUGAGAUGCUGGAUGUCAUUGUGGAUGUACUGAUACCCGAAGUCUGUGUGAUCGUGCCUGUUAUUACUACUCUACUCUGGUCCUAUGAGUAACUAAGCACAACUACUGACUGACUCAAGAAACAGCCUGGGAAAGACUUUGUGUGGAUACAAACAUUAAAAUAUUUAUUUGACAGUAAAUUAUUAUUGUUUGUGAGAAAUGCUGAAUAUGUGGGGCCUUGUUAUUCCCAUAAAAGCACAAGUGUGGUUUUGGAUCGAUAUCAGUUUCAUGCACUCUUGGACUCUAUUUGAUGGACUAACAUAGAUACAACAUGUGUGCAACAAGACAAGACCUAUUUGAUAAUGUGAAUUUAAGUAAUCUAAUACAGAUCCUCUCAUUUCAUAAAGAGGACAGAUGCUUACAUUGUGAAUGUUAAUGCAUGUAAAUUGUAAGUGUGGAAGUGAUGGCAGGACUGUGAGGAUUUGGGCAAUAUACAGUCAUGUUUAUGCCAUCAGGUCAGCAGUGGGCUUAAACAAUCCUCCCUCGCUCUUUUGAUUUUAAAGUGAAAAUGCACUUUAAUAUUAAUUGGCCAUUUUUAGUGUAAAUGUGUACAUGUGCCAGAAUACAGUGUGUUCAUGUGUGACCCCGGGAAGGCUAAAGCAGACUCGUUGAUGAGUGUCGGUUGUCCCCUCUACUCUGUUAGCACAUCUGUAGCGCCAGCAGACAGGGAACACACCACUCCUGUUGUGACAUGUUCUUUAAAACAAUUAAAGAUGUAGUCGCUCAUGUUCCACUCCUGUUGCCUCCCGCUCCAGCCAUCUGUUCUGAUACAUUAUUUAUCAGCUUCCCUUAAAGCCGGGAGAGAAAAGCAAUUGUGACUCUUAUUAUUUAUUUACUUUUAGGAACGCCUGCCCUCUCUC